CAGUCGGGACAGGAGAAAGGGGGAGAGAGGGAGACGAAUAGUGGCCUAUUUGUUUUCAGUUUGCGUGGCUUUGCAUAACGGUUUAAAAAAAAGUCAGCGACCUUUAACCGGUAGACAUUUUAAGGUAAGCUACCCAAACGUCCGUUUCACACGUUUUGCGCACAGUUAUUCUACAGAGAAACGAGAAGCCGUGAGAUUGAAUACCUCUUUUACUGAAAAGAGUCGAGUUUGCAGCCGGUUACUUUUAAGCCUGAGUGCGGCUAAAGCAAGUCAAAGGGACAAGGACACAAUUUUUUCUUUGUUGUGAAUACCCUGUAGCUUCUUGUGCCUAUUCUGCGGGCGAUACACGGCAACAUCAUUAUAAAUGACUAAAUAUCCACGUUGAAUUUGUUGUUUUUUUCUCAAAGUUGCCAAAUGUCACGCAAUUUUGCAUGACGGAAACAAUAGCUGAUCUCCAACUAGCUUUUUGAAUCACGCCGCUCUGGUCAGCACAACCAACACGGGGAGGCAAAUACAGCGUCCGAAAUCUCACCCGGUUCUCCUGUAGGAUCUUGGCGGACUAUGGCGGCGGUGACGAGCCCAGAGUCAAGUCCACAACCCCGUGUGUAUUUCCAGACACCUCCUGGUACCGAGGAAGCUGAGACUCCGGUUCGGAAGCAAGGACGGGUGACCGUGAAAUAUGACCGGAAAGAACUAAGGAAAAGACUGAAUCUGGAGGAAUGGAUUAUAGACCAACUAACAGACCUGUACGACUGCGAGGAGGAGGCAAUUCCAGAGCUGGAGAUAGAUGUGGACGAGCUGCUGGAUAUGCAGAACGACGGGGACCGCGCCGCUCGGGUCAAGGACCUGCUGGUGGACUGUUACAAACCUACUGAUGACUUUGUGGCUGAGUUGCUGGAUAAGAUUCGAGGGAUGCAGAAACUCAGCACACCUCAGAAGAAAUAAACACACCCACACUACCACCAACAUGACCUCUAACCCUUCCUUCCACCCCCCCACCCCCCAACAAAAAAGUCCCAAAACCUUCUCCUCUCAAUCUGGAGGUGGGCAGGGCUUUGAAUCCCUGAGCAGCUGUGAUUGGUGGAUGGUGCUGUCUUGUGACCACAGUUCCACUGCAUCAGGUGGUCAGGAGGAAAUGAGGUCGUGAUUGGAUAUAGCCAAUCAGAUUCUUAUGAGCAGGGCUUAUUUUUCCUUAUCAAAUUUAUUUUAUUAUGUUUUAAUUUUUUCUCUUUUUUUUUUGGUUGUAAACAGGGGAUAAAUGUCAUAAUUUUUUUUUAAAUGUUUUAGAAAUGGACAUAUUUCUAUACACAUUUCUCGGGAAUACUUGGCGUGGGACGGUGUAGCGGUCUGAUGUAGGGACACUGAGUUGAACAGAGUUCAGCUCUAGUUCCUUAACACUGAUACUGGAUUGUUCCGUGCUCUGUGUUCUUUAUACGACCACUCAGAUGAGCUCUCAGAUGAACUAACGUAACUGUGAAUACCAUUCACAAGCAAUGAGUACGGCAAAGAUCAUAAAGAAGCUGCCUUUUUUUCUUUUCUUUUUUUUUUUUUUUUGUAAAAAAAAAAAAAUAUUCCUCCUGUUUUUUUCUUUAAUUAUAUUUUCCCCCCUCUCUCGUAGUAUGUAGUUAAGGGCUUUGCUGGGGAGUGGGCUUGUGGAGUUUGUCUUUCAUGUAGAGUAACCAAUAAGGGGGUGGGAGAGGAGAGGAGAGGAGAGGAGAGGAGAGGAGAGGAGAGGAGAGGAGAGGAGAGGAGAGGAGAGGUCUAAAAUUACUCGAUGGAGUCUGUUUAAAGUGUGGGGCUGUCUAAAUUUGCAUAUUACCCUAAUUCCACACACACACACACACACACACACAUCCACACAUGCAGGCAUACCCCCUCAGGGAACAGCAUUAACACACUGAUCACUCACCACAGCUGUGGCUACUGAAACACACACACAUACGCACACACAUACCCUCACACAGAUGUGCACACUAGCCCUUUCAUUUAGAUAUGUGUAGACAAAGAGAGAGAGAGAGAGAGACCCACUGACCCUGCCAAGUGCUCACUUAGAAUGAAUCAUGUGACCCUGCUUUAUUAUAAUCUUGCCAAGAAGCCAUCUGUAACUUCAUCUUAGCCAAUCAACAUAGACACAAUAACAGGGCUAAUCAGUGUGUUAGAGCUGUAGACACUUACCAGUACUGCAAACUGUGUGUGUGUGUGUGUGUGUGCGUGAGGGGGUUGGGGUGGGGUGGGGUGGGGUUUGGCACGUGUGAAUAGAGGGGCCAUUUUUCAUAAUGGCCUUUUUGGGAUUACUUUAUAUCGACGUGUGCCAUUUCCUCACUCUAACUGUCUGUCUUCGACAUCCUAGCGUUUAGGCAGGAGGCCAAAUUGUUGGAGUGCGGGUAUUUUCUGUUAUUGUCCUGAGGUCAAAAACACACACGCUUGCAUGCAUGCACGCGCACACACACACACACACACACACGCACGCACGCACGCAUUGAUCUGUCCUCACAGUGCUAGACUGUUCUCCAGGCAUGCUUUGUUAGAUAUGGGAAUGCAGUCUUCAUUCUGUCAGCUACAGCUACUGAUCUGGGGUCAGUUUUCCUAAAGAGAGUGACAGACUGACAUUAUUCCAGAUAGAUUUGUCACUGCAACAUCCCCCUCUUUCUCUUUCUCUUUCUCUUUCUCUUUCUCUCACUCUUAUAGACUCUCUCUCUCGCUCUCUCUCUCUCCUCUUCUCUCCUUUGACCACCCAUCAUAUUGAAGGUACUGCUAGUGAGUCCAUCCCCACUUUUCUAUUCCUUUUUUUUUCCUCUUAAACAAGAAUCAUAACUCUCCCCUCCCUUUUUAUAUAUAUAUCAGACGAUGCCUUAGGUUAUAUUUAUGUUUCUUAAACCAAAUAUAAUGAGACAUUCAUUUUGGGGGAAAAAAUAAGAACUAUAAAAUGGAAUCUUUUGAGGCUCUAGGAAACAAAUUGUCCUUGUUAUCUUUUCUUUUGGGUGAUUCUGUUUUUUUUGUUUGUUUCUAGGAGUGGAUGUUGACUAGAUCUUGCAGAGAAUUAUAGAUGCAACUAUUAACCCUUAAAUGGAAUUGGUCAAUUUUUACUGUGUGUAUCUGAUAGUGCUGUUGACUCUUAUUUUCUAUUGUACAACGACUGCAAAAAAAACCCAACAACAACAACAACAUAAAAGAAUAAAUUGAAUUUAAUAAAAAACAAAAACAGAAAAAAAGACAUUUAUGGAAAAACGUAGGAAUUCUGCUAUUAGGAAGAGGUAAAGGAUUGUGUUUUGGAAAAUGAAAUUGAUGACAAACAUAUGUAGCAAUACUACGCUGUCCUGUUUUUCCUGAAUUUUGUUACACUUUUAUGCAACUUUAAUAAAAAGAUGUUA